AUGUCCAAGUUUUUGAAUGAGCCUACGCAGCUGGCCAGAAAAGCCGCCGUCGUUUUAUACCAGAACCGUAUGGAGCAGGAGUUGGAGAUAGCAAUCGAUACCAUUAAUAAGUUUCUACGAACAGGAUCAGGAGGACAGAACCGAGAUCCAAGAAUUGUCCGAAGACGUAUGAAUUUCUUGAGGUUUUGGGGCACGCUUAUCAGGGAUUAUCGAUUGACGAUCACGACGCGAAUUCACUCUAUGUAUGAGUACAAAGAGCUCAUUUGGAAAUGGGAAGAUAUCUAUGACGAUUGCGUCUCCUUGGCCAAUACUCAUAUUGAAGCAGAAGAAGGCCACCACCCCUUGUUGAUUCGUGUACUUGCCGACGAAAUGGGCGUCAAACCAAGCCAAAUUCGCGAUUUCGAAUUGGUUCUGUAUGAUACUCAGGUUUCAACAAUUGGUGGCAACAUUGAGAACGAUACCAACGUCCGUGUGACCGUUUGCUUUGACAAUGACAAGAUUGGCAGCACCACCGCCCACGGUGCUGACUCGAAUCCUUUGCCAACCACCUUGCAGCGCUUGGCCAACACUGAACUGUUAUCUGGCGCAAAAGUAUCGCCCACUGCCUUUGAAGAGGCCAUGCACAAGAGUAUCCUCAUCAGUGCAGAUAUGGUACAUGCCAUUCAUCCCAACUACCCCGAAAAACACGAAGAAAACCACCGACCACACAUGCACAAGGGUACUGUUAUUAAGAUCAACGCAAACCAGAGAUAUGCUACGACUGCAGUCACCAGUUUGGUUUCGAAAGAGCUGGCAAAGAAGCAUGUGAUCCCAAUUCAGGAAUUUGUUGUUCGUAAUGAUAGCCCUUGUGGCUCGACAAUCGGCCCAAUGCUUAGUGCAAAGCUUGGACUUCGCACAGUUGAUGUGGGUAACCCUCAACUCAGCAUGCAUUCGAUCCGUGAAGUCGGUGGUACCGACGAUGUCAAGCACGGAAUCGAUCUGUUGCAGGUCUUCUUUGAGGAAUUUGCUGAAUUGGAAGCUCGCAUUGUUGUGGAUUAA